AUGAACCGGCGCCAGAAAACCGCCCACCCAUCCGGUGCCCCGCGGUCCGGUACUCCACCCAGUGGCUCUCCCCCUCCUCACCCCAGCGGCGUCGCCCAGCCCAGCGGUGGCGGCCACGGCGGCUUCCAGGAGGCCGGCACUAAGCCCACUGGCGCUUCCCCCUCUGGCGCUCCUUCCGGAACCCCUCCUCUAGGCCUUCUGAUGCUCAUGUCGAGGGUGCUCCUCCUUCUGGUACUCCUCCCCGUAGGCCCACCGACAACCCUACCGACCCCCUCCCCCCGGCGCUCCCUCUGUUCCCACCCAGAGCGCUAG